UUUCUUUCUUGCGUGCGAGGCCAUAGCAAGCCGCCGCAGACAGAGCCAAUAGCCAGCACGCACCGUCGCCUCCCGCUCCACAUCUCGCUCGCUCGCUCACCGCGGAAGCCGCCUGCUAGGGUUCGAUCCCCGCCAUGGACGCCGCCUCGCUCAUGGGCCCCUCCUCCGCCGACGCGCCCACCGACGGGGAGCACCGGAUGGGCACCACCAUCGUGGGCGUCUGCUACGACGGCGGCGUCGUGCUCGCCGCCGACUCCAGGACCAGCACCGGAAUGUAUGUCGCAAACCGUGCUUCGGACAAGAUUAGUCAGCUGACUGAUAAUGUCUACGUCUGCCGCUCUGGAUCUGCUGCUGACACACAAAUUAUUUCGGAUUAUGUACGUUAUUUUCUCCACCAGCACACAAUCCAGCUUGGGCAACCAGCUACCGUGAAAGUUGCAUCCAACUUAGUUAGGUUAUUGGCCUAUCAGAACAAGAGCAUGUUGCAAGCUGGAAUGAUAGUUGGUGGAUGGGACAAAUACGAGGGAGGCCAAAUUUACUCGGUUCCUCUUGGUGGAACGAUUCUGAGGCAACCAUUCGCAAUUGGAGGAUCUGGUUCCAGUUACCUGUAUGGAUUGAUGGAUCAUGAAUGGAAAGAGGGUAUGACCCAGGAAGAAGCUGAGAAGUUUGUGGUGAAGGUGGUUUCCCUUGCUAUUGCUCGUGAUGGUGCUAGUGGAGGGGUUGUUCGCACUGUUACUAUUAACGAGGCGGGUGUUAAGAGGAGCUUCCACCCUGGUGACAAACUGCCACUCUGGCAUGAAGAGAUGGAGCCCCAAAACUCUCUCCUCGACAUUCUCGCAGCUGGGAGCUCUGAUGCGAUGGUCCAGUGAAAUCCCUAUUGUACUGAUGACUUGUUCUAGAUGUGAGCCGAACGUUGCUUGGAAUAGAUUCUGUUGACACCAGCUUGUUUUCCACCUUGUUAUUACAACUUAAAAUAGUUUUGGUGUUCACGUGUCUA